AGCAGUGAAGUAAAAGGGUGUUGAUACAGGAGUGGGAAGACCCUGCCAGGGAAAGCAUUAAAUGUUGCCUUUUUGGCUGAGGGUGGAGUGGGAGCUGUCCUUUUUUUAUUUUUCUAUCUGCUAGAGCAAGAUCAAAUUAAUAGGAUUGGAGAAAUCCAUUGUAAUUAUUGGUAGGCUUGGAAGAAUUGAGAAUUUUAUGCUGUUGCAACCAACAGGACACAAUCAACAAAUUAGAGAACGAGCUGAGAACCACAAAGAGUGAAAUGGCUCGGUACCUGAAGGAGUACCAGGAUCUGCUCAACGUGAAAAUGGCCCUGGACAUCGAAAUUGCAGCUUACAGGAAACUUCUGGAAGGGGAAGAGACCAGGCUCAGCUUCACCAGCGUUGGCAGCAUCACCAGUGGCUACACCCAGAGUGCCCCCAGCUUUGGCAGAUCUGCCUACUCGGGGCUCCAGUCCAGCUCCUACCUGCUGACAACCCGCUCCUUCCCCACCUACUACUCCAGCCACGUGCAGGAGGAGCAGAUCGAGAUCGAGGAGACCAUCGAGGCUGCCAAGGCAGGGGAGGCCAAGGCAGCUCCUGCAGAAGAGGGGGAGGAGGAAGAGAAGGAGGAAGGUGAGGAAGAAGCGGGAGGAGAAGAGGCUGAAGAAGAGGAGGAAGGUGCAAAGGAAGAAUCUGAAGAAGCCAAAGAGGGUGAGGAGGAGGAAGGAGAAGGGGAAGAAACAGCAGCUGAAGAAGGGGAGGAGUCUCAGGAAACUGCUGAGGAGGAGAAGGAAGAGAAGGAAGAGAAAGAAGCAGCAGGAAAGGAGGAGAGUGAAGUGAAGAAGAAGGCUUGAUUUUUUUUUUAAAGGCAGCUUUGCUUUCCAUCAGGCCGAGAGAAUAAACGAUUGACUGAGCUAAAAUUGCAGUCCCACAUAUUUAUUUCAGUGACCACUGGGGUUUAAAGUUCCUGAUUCUGAUGUUUCUCUCUGUGCAGAGUCUGAGUUUUUUGCUUGCAGAGCCCCCACUGGCUUGUUCCCCGAGUGCUGCAUGGUCCAUGGGCUCCACGGGUUGUCUUUUUCCUGGGGUGAUCCAGAAUUUCAACAUUUAAAAAUAUUGGGGGGGGGGGAAGUAAAAAAAAGAAAAAAAAAAGUCCUGGAAAUGAAAGUUACCUUUAACUUGCAUUUAAAAAUAAUUAUGGAAACCUUGGGUGGGUGAAAAUAAUGGAGGCUUCAAUAAGUGCAAUAAAGCUAAGUCAAUAAAGAAAUGCUUACAUGGA